AUGAGUUCUUCAUCAAGCUCUCGUGAACCUUCACCAUCUAUAAAACAAACUUUACCAAACGAUUAUGGAGCACCUAUUGAAUAUUUCUUACGAGCUGCACAAUGGCAAAGAGCAGUCUCACCAAGGUUAGGUGUUCCACCAGCUCCUGUCAAAAAUAGCAUUUGGUCAAGUCCUUAUAUAAAAUAUGGUCUCCCACUAGGUUUGCUAGCUACAGCAGGAGCAGUAAUGAUGUUGAAAAGAAAUAAAGCAAAUGUUGUAAAUAAUACUGAAGUAGCUGAAUUUGAACAAACUCCGACACCAUCGCCAAAACCAACGUCAAAACCAACGCCUUCACAAACAACACCUUCAAUGACUCCUGAACCUAUGGAAGUACAAACUCCUGUUCAAAAGUCAACUCCUAAACCGACUCCAACAUUUAAACCAGAACCUACUCCUCAAAUAAAUCGUAAAACUCCUGCGUUUCCUUACUGA